AGACGGAACCUGGCUUUUAUUCUGACACGCCAUCGCGCAGCAAGACUUGUAUUUUGGAAAGCAUCCAUAUCAUGGCACUUUCCCCGCACGUCCUGGUAAUCACCUCUGUUACGAUCUUGUAGGUUUAGCUCAGGGUAGAGAGAAGUUAAAAUGAGUAAUCCACUGAGAGGAGAAGUUAUAAGAUUGUACAAAAAUCUUCUGUAUCUUGGACGGGAAUAUCCGAAAGGCACUGCAUACUUCAGGGAGCGACUGAAAGGAGCUUUCAUGAAGAACAAAGAUGUCACCGAUCCUGAGAAAAUCAAACAGCUGGUUGACCGUGGAGAGUUUGUGAUCAAAGAACUCGAGGCGCUCUACUUCCUCAGGAAAUACAGAGCGAUGAAGAAACGCUACUAUGAACCAGAGCAUUAGUCAAUGUUUCUGACGGACUGUAUAUGUGUAAAGAGUUAAAUCAUUACUUUCUGCACGUUUUUGAAUGUCUGUGUUUGAUGUGUUGCACUACAACCGAUUUGGACAUAAACAUUUAUUUUUAUAGAGUCCUUGUUAGAUAUACGAUAUACGCAGUUAUUUGUAAUGAUAAUUACAUAUGUAUUUAUAUUUAAAUACAUUCAAGUUUUAUGAUGUUCUAAGCAGGUCUUUGUGUAGACUGCUCUACAUCACAAAAAGCAGAGUUGGUUUUUAUAAAGGAUUUCUUCAGCUCCUGCACCAGGUCAAAAUUUCCUGCGCUACUGGAAACCUUUUUGUCCAAAUAAUUGACAGUGAUAAAAUAGAUGGGAAUAGUGUGAGUAUGUCUGUCCAUUUAUACAUAUAUAUGCAUUAAAUAAUAUUCUCACUUUU